AUGGAGGUCGCCUCAUCAGGUGUGCCAAAUGGCGCCUCAGCACCAGAGACCGCAGCUCUGGUUGAUUCCGGCGCGGUCAUUCAGUACUUGACCGAAGUGCUUCAGGUGACACUGGGAGCCCAAAGGUUCGAGCUGGAAAGCGCUGGGAGCUUGCUUUCGGAAUCAAAGUACAAUGAAACACUACAACGGUGUACACGAUUUGCCUCGGAAUCGCAAGUUGCACUCUAUGUGCAAAAGGACAUUGUGACAGUGGAGGAAACCGACAGUGAAACGGAGGACCAAGAUACAGCGGUGAAAUAUGCCUACAAUCUCUCCUCCGAUAUCUCGUCCGCUCCUACAACCGUAUCCUCCGUGGCGAUCAUUAAACGGCCUGUUCCAAUCGACAUGAGUCUUCCGAUAGCGUCGCAAGUCCAAGUCAUGAAUCUCCCCGGCCCCGCUACUCUCAGCAAUACCACCGCCCAGCAGGGGAAUUCCAUGUCACCCUACCAAAUCCUACAUUUGAUGAUACACCAUUGUCUGAGUCCUUACUUCGAAUCCUACACUCGCAGCCAGGAGACAGCUAUUGGCACGAAAUCGAAAACGGAUACGGAAGCGAAGACUGGUAUCCCAGGAACAAAGAAGAGAUUCGCAGAUUUGGAGCUAGGGUUGAUGCACCUCCAGCAGAAUGUAGAAAUUCCAGCUCUGAACCUGCCUCUUCAUGAAAUGGUGCAGGCUGCUCUUAAGGAAGCGGAAACACGUGGUAUCAAACCGUCGGUCGAGUUGAUUCCAUCGGCGGUAUUGGAGAGCAGCGCUUUCACAAACAGCAUUCAGAAUGUCGUGAACGGUUGGAUUAGAUCCAUUCAGACAAUCACUAAGAUGUCCCGUGACCCCGACAGCGAAUCUGCUUCUCCUGAGGUCAACUUCUGGCUGUCCUUAGAGGCUGCCUUGGAGGGAAUCGAAGCUCAGCUCCAAAGCGAUGGUGUUCGGUUGACUAUGGACAUUCUUCGCCAUGCGAAACGAUACCAACCAACCCUCAGUUUCGUGGCAGACACUGGGCUGAAAGAGGCCACUGAAUUGGUCCAGAAGUACAACCAGCUGAUGCGAGACUUUCCGCUCGAUGAACUCCUGUCUGCGACCUCUUUGCAGAAGGUCCAGGAAUCACUAAACUUGAUUUUCACACACCUGAAUAAAAAGUUAAAGAUUUGCCCCUACCCCAUUAAGCGGGCACUUUCGCUCGUUGAAGCAAUCUCGGGCGAUCUUGAUAAGAAGAUCCAUGAGUUGAUCAAUGGACGUACGAUCUUGCAUCUGGACUAUCGCGAGUUCCGGUCUUUGAUGAAGACCACACAAGCGAUUUGGCGCACUUGGGAUGAGAACUUGAAGGAAUUCACAAACGUUGCUCGUGAAUCAACACGGCGUCGUAACGAAAAAUUUAUUCCGAUUAAGAUCAAUGCGAGACACGACAAAACCCGCGAGCGGCUGAAGUACGUCGACACAUUCAGGAUCAACCAUGAACAGCUCCAGAAAACCAUUAUCAACGUCCUAGGUCCCAACAGCUCUUCAUCUGCCGAGAAUGGAGCUGGAGUUGAUGCUGACGGCGCUGUGAUAGUCGAGGAGAUUGGUGAUGUUGAUGCCGUAGAGGAAGUUGCGCACGCCUACGCUGCUCUCAAGAACGUGGACGUUUUGGAUGUCUCACCGGAGGGAUCUCUCACCUGGGAACAGGCUGAAAUUGCCUACAGUGAGCGUACUUCCCGUGUUGAGAACUCUAUCAUUGCUCGUCUUCGUGACCGUCUGGCGACCGCCAGGAAUGCCAAUGAGAUGUUCCGUGUGUUCUCGAAGUUCAACGCCCUUCUCGUUCGUCCUAAGAUUCGUGGUGCAAUUGGCGAAUAUCAAACGCAACUUAUUGACAAUGUCAAGCGAGACAUCAGUGCUUUGCAUGAGCGCUUCAAACAACAGUACGGUAAUUCGGAAGCUCAUGCUAUGGCCCAACUGCGGGACCUGCCCCCCGUGUCGGGCGCCAUUAUCUGGACUCGCCAGAUCGAGCAUCAGCUUGAUGGCUACAUGCGAAAGGUCGAAAAUGUUCUCGGUGAGAACUGGCACCUGCACGCAGAGGGCCAGAAAUUACAGAAUGAGGGUAACCUGUUCCGUAAGAAGCUCGAUACCCGGCCUGUUUUCGAGUCAUGGCUGUGGGAUGUUCAACGGCGUCAUUUUACAAUUGCUGGACGGUUGUUUAACGUUGUGCGCAACCGAUCUGCAGGAAACGUUUGGGAGCUGGCAGUCAACUUCGAUGCUCAGAUAAUUGCCCUCUUCAAGGAGGUCCGCAAUCUUAUCUGGCUCAACUUCCAAGUUCCUCAUGCUGUCAGCAAUAUCUCGAAGGAGGCUAAGCGUGUUUACCCCUACGCCAUUAGCCUGAUGGAGAGUGUUCGCACCCUGUUGCAGACCAAUCGAGCAAUCGCGUCGAUGACCGAUGUCAAUAUGCUUCUCAACGGCUACAUGAACGAUGCACAGAUUAUGGUUGCCAAGGGUAUCCCUCUCCGGUGGGAGUCCUUCGUCCAUUCUUACGAGCUACACGUCAAGCAGUCAGCAUUGGCAAAUGGCAUGGAGGCAUCGUUGCCUGGUCGGUCUGAAAGCAAGCAUGUUCAAUUUGUCCGUGAGUUUGCCAUUUCAGCAUCGACACUUCAGACGAAAACUACUGUUCUUGACGCCAUCAAUGAGAACAUUCAGAAAUCGAUCCAUGAACUCAAGACAUGCCCAUACGACUCAUCAGCUUUCAAGCAACGCUUGGACAGCAUCCAAGUUGCUGUUGAUAAGCUUAACCUCGAAAAUUACGUGAACCUUGGAUACUGGGUUGCUGAGCUUAAUGGAAGCAUCGAGGCAAUUCUGCGCGACCGACUUCUUCGCGCUGUGCGCGAGUGGAUCAUGACCUUCCAAGGUAUCAACAACGAAAACUCGAUUUCUCAUCAUCAACUUGCGACGGCCGAAGCGGAUGCUUUGAAUUACAAGAUCCAGUUCCCUGAACUCUUCCACGAGAUUCUGAUGAGAAACCAAGUCCUCCAUCUGGACCCGCCGUUGCAAUUUGCACGCGCAAGCUGGUUCUCCCACUUUGAUGCAUGGCUCGGUGUGAUUUGCAAUCUGGAAAAGAUCAAGCCCUCGCGUUACCAGAUCUCCAUUGUCGUGCAAAAUGUUCGCCUGUCCGAAGUCUGCUUCUCCGACCUCCCGCAAAAUUGCACCGAUCAGCUCAAUGAAGUCUACAAUGUUGUCGAGUCCAGACUGAAGGAUGUUUCUGAGUAUGUCGAUAAGUGGCUGCAGUUCCAAUCACUUUGGGAUCUUCGGUCUGAGCAGGUUUACGAAAUCCUGGGAGAUGAUCUGUCUCAAUGGCUUCAGCUUCUUCAGGAAAUUAGAAAGAGUCGGGCUACGUUCGAUACUUCUGAAGUCAGCCGCGGCUUCGGAAAUAUCAGGAUUGAUUACGAGCAAGUCCAAACCAAGGUGAAUGCCAAAUACGACCAGUGGCAGCAUGAGAUCCUCGUGAAGUUUGGUUCUAAGCUUGGCGGCCGCAUGAGAGAGGUUCAUUCCGAGAUUGCUGCUGCCCGCAGGGACUUGGAAGGCCAAACCCUAGAGGCCUCUUCAACGGCGCAUGCCGUGUCUUUCAUUACCAUUGUUCAGCAGUGCAAGCGGAAGACUCGAGUCUGGGAGCCCGAGGUUGAUCUCUUCCGUCAAGGCCAAACCACACUCGCCCGCCAACGUUACCAGUUCCCGUAUGACUGGCUUCACGUUGAGAAUGUUGAUGGUGAAUGGGCAGCCCUUAACGAGCUGCUUAGCCGCAAGAGCAAAAUUGUCAACGAGCAAACCGAAGCCCUGCGUGCAAAGAUUAGCGCCGAAGACCACGUCAUUGCCGGCAAGAUUGCCGAAGUUAUCGGUAAAUGGAAUGAUGAGAAGCCGGUCUCUGGCACUAUUCCACCCGAGGAAGCAUCUCGCACCCUGAGCUCUUUCCAGUCUCGCCUCGAGGCUCUCCAGUCCGAGUUUGAGAUGGUAUCAAAGGCCAAGGAAGCUCUCGAUCUUCCCCCAAGUUCCGAGUCAUCACUUCCCCCCAUCCUCGAGGAGGUCCAAGACUUCAUGUCUGUCUGGGCUGCUCUAGCAACAAUCUGGAACAGUCUUAAUGACCUUCGCGAUGGGCUGUGGACCAGCGUGCAACCUAGGAAGCUCCGACAAUCUCUUGACAACUUGAUCAAAAUGACCAAGGAGAUGCCCAGUCGCAUGAGACAGUAUGCUGCCUUUGAACACAUUCAGAAUGUUCUUCGGCAGCUGCUGAAAGUCAACUCACUUUUGUCAGACAUGAAAUCCGAAGCCGUCAAGGAAAGACAUUGGCACAAAAUUUACAAGAGUCUUAAACCCGACAAGCGUUUCUCUCUUGUCUCUUUGACCCUUGGUGAUGUCUGGGAUUUACAACUCGCAUCAAGCGAUUCCAUCAUUCGUGCUAUCAUUGCACAGGCACAGGGUGAGAUGGCAUUAGAGGAAUUCCUGAAGUCUGUUCGGGAGACAUGGCAGAACUAUUCUCUGGACCUAGUACACUACCAGAACAAAUGCCGCCUGAUCAAAGGCUUUGACGACCUGUUCGCCAAGUGCAGCGAAAAUCUGAACUCCCUCCAGGCCAUGAGACAUUCUCCGUACUACAAAGAAUUUGAAGAAGAAGCUACAUCAUGGGAAGAUAAACUGAACCGAGUCCAUGUCCUUUUCGACGUAUGGAUCGACGUCCAGCGACAAUGGGUCUACCUGGAAGGCGUCUUUACCGGCAACGCUGACAUCAAGCAUCUUCUUCCUUUGGAGUCGGGCCGUUUCCAGAAUAUUAACUCGGAAUUCUUUACUGUCAUGAAGAAGGUGUACAAAUCUCCGUUCGUUUUGGAUAUUCUCGCAAUUGUAGAUGUUCAAAAGUCCUUGGAGAGACUGGCUGAUUUGCUGAACAAAAUCCAAAAGGCACUCGGUGAAUAUUUGGAGCGUGAACGUGUCUCAUUUCCUCGCUUUUACUUUGUUGGAGAUGAGGACUUGUUGGAGAUCAUUGGUAACAGCAAUGAUAUUUUCCGUGUCGCCAAGCAUUUCAAGAAGAUGUUUGCUGGAAUGUCAGGCCUUGUCAUGGAUGACGAUAACAAUAUUGUUGCAUUUACCUCCAAGGAGGGCGAAGAAGUCCGUUUGAAGAAAGAGGUUAACCUCCUCAAGACUCCUCGUAUCAAUGAUUGGCUCUCCGCGCUAGAGAACAGCAUGAAGUUGACUCUGGCAGAGCUUCUCGGCGAGGCCGUUGAACAAUUUGGAGUUCUUUACCAUAGCAGCGAUGUGGACCGAACGGCUUUCAAUGACUUCUUGUCUAACUACCCUGCUCAAAUUGUGGUCCUCGCCAGUCAGGUCACUUGGACCAACGCAGUGCAACAUUCCUUGGAGGAAGGAGGUGCAACCCUCCCUGCGUUGCACGGUUCCGAAGUUCGGAUUCUCGAGUUGCUGGCUGCGACGGUGCUUGGUGAACUCGAUCCGAUCACUCGCAAGAAGUGUGAGCAUAUGAUCACGGAAUUCGUUCACCAGCGCGACUGCAUCUCCAAGCUCAUAAGUCUCAAUGCCACAACGCCAACUCACUACCAUUGGCUUCUCCAGAUGCGUUAUGUCUUCCACGAUUCGGGCGAUUUCUUGGAGCGCCUAUAUGUCCACAUGGCCAACGCGAAGCUCGCCUAUGGAUUCGAGUAUUUAGGUGUGCCUGAGCGUCUUGUCCGCACGCCUCUCACAGAUCGUUGUUUCCUCACCCUUACCCAGGCUCUUUGCCAGCGACUGGGUGGUUCGCCAUAUGGCCCUGCUGGUACCGGUAAAACUGAGUCAGUCAAGGCAUUGGGCCUGCAACUCGGUCGUUUCACCCUCGUCUUCUGUUGUGACGACACAUUCGAUUUCCAAGCAAUGGGUCGGAUUUUCCUCGGUAUCUGUCAGGUUGGAGCGUGGGGUUGCUUUGACGAGUUCAACCGUCUGGAAGAACGUAUUUUGUCGGCCGUCUCUCAGCAGAUCCAGAACAUCCAGAUUGGUCUGAAAACUGGCGGAGAUGGCGACAAGGCCCAAAUUGAACUCGUAGGAAGACGACUCGCUGUGAACUCCAACACCGGAAUUUUCAUUACCAUGAACCCUGGCUACGCUGGUCGUUCCAAUUUGCCAGACAACUUGAAGAAGCUGUUCCGCAGUGUUGCCAUGUCCAAACCGGAUAAGGAACUAAUUGCUGAAGUGAUGCUUUUCUCGCAAGGUUUCAAGCAGGCCAAGUCUCUCUCCAAGCAGACAGUCCCCUUCUUCGACCACUGUGCUUCCCGACUUUCCAAGCAGGCUCAUUACGACUUCGGUCUCCGUGCAUUGAAGAGUGUUCUUGUUAGCUCAGGUGGUCUCAAGCGCGCGCGUCUGGCCAGUACCGAGGGAGAUCUAGGCCCCGAGGAUGUCAUUGAACCUCAAAUCAUUGUUCAAAGUCUCCGGGAGACAAUUGCUCCUAAGCUUAUUCGAGAAGAUGUAGAAAUCAUGCUGGAAAUCCAGGUGGAAGACUUCGCUGGCGUGGAUUAUGUGCCUGCCAACUUCGAGAAACUCACCCAAGCGAUCCGUGAUAUUGCUACCAAAGAGCAACAUCUCGUCGACAGCGAGAUGUGGAUCACCAAGGCACUGCAACUCUAUCAAAUUCAAUGCAUCCACCAUGGUGUUAUGAUGGUUGGUAAGUCAGGAGCCGGUAAAUCAACUGCCUGGAAGAUUUUACUGCAAGCGAUGCAGCGCAUUGAAGGCGUUGAGGGCGUCUCUCACAUCAUCGACUCUAAGGUCAUGUCUAAGGAAUCUCUCUAUGGUAACCUUGACAGCACUACCCGUGAAUGGACAGACGGUCUCUUCACUGGAAUUCUGAGAAAGAUCGUAGACAACCUCCGAGGCGAGGACAGCAAACGCCAUUGGAUUGUUUUCGACGGAGAUGUUGAUCCUGAAUGGGUUGAGAACCUGAACAGUGUUCUAGAUGACAACAAACUCCUCACUCUUCCCAAUGGAGAGCGUCUCAACCUACCUUCAAAUGUUCGCAUCAUGUUCGAAGUUGAAAGCUUGAAGUAUGCCACGCUUGCCACAGUCAGUCGUUGCGGUAUGGUGUGGUUCAAUGCCGACACUGUUACUCCAACCAUGAUGAUUUCCAACUACGUCGAAAGCCUCAGGACAAAGACAUUCGAGGACCUGGAUGAAGACAGUGCUCCCGCAGGGACAGCAGUAAUCCGGACACAGGAUGCCCAGGACACAGUUGCAACAAUCCUCAAACAGUUCUUGGAGGUUGAUGACUUGGUUCUCAGAGCUUUGGUGGAAGCAAAGAAAUACAACCAUAUCAUGGAGUUCACGGAUAUCCGCGCCCUCAACACUCUCUUCAGCUUGUUGAACAAGGCCUGCCGAAACGUUCUCGAAUACAAUGUCCAGCAUCCAGACUUCCCUCUGGACUCUGAACAGAUUGAGUCCUACAUGUCCAAGAAGCUUCUUCUGACGCUGGUCUGGUCUCUUACCGGUGAUUGUCCACUAAGUGAUCGCAAGGAGUUCGGAAAAUACAUCACUGGAAUGUCUACUAUCGAUCUUCCACCGGACGGCGAUUCAUCUCUGAUUGACUAUGACGUUCUUCUUCCCAGGUCUGACUGGACUAGUUGGCAUUCACAGGUGCCCACGAUUGAUAUCAACACACAUUCCGUCACUCAAACCGAUGUCAUUAUCCCCACGGUCGAUACUAUCCGUCAUGAAGAUGUGUUGUACUCGUGGCUUGCUGAGCAUAAGCCUUUGUUGCUCUGUGGUCCUCCUGGAUCCGGCAAGACCAUGACAUUGUUCGCCGCACUCCGAAAGCUCCCGAACAUGGAGGUCGUUGGUCUCAACUUCUCGAGUGCCACCACACCUGACCUCCUGAUCAAGACCUUUGAGCAGUACUGUGAGUACAAGAAGACUCUUAAUGGUGUGGUGAUGUCUCCGAACCAGAUCGGCCGCUGGCUUGUCAUUUUCUGCGACGAGAUCAAUCUUCCGGCCCCUGAUCGCUACGGCACUCAGCGCGCCAUCUCAUUCCUGCGCCAACUUGUGGAGCAGAAUGGCUUCUGGCGAACCACCGACAAGACCUGGGUCACCCUGGAUCGCAUUCAAUUUGUUGGUGCCUGUAACCCUCCUACGGAUGCUGGUCGUACACCGAUGGCCGAGAGAUUCCUGCGUCAUGCUCCCCUGAUCAUGGUCGACUACCCCGGCGAAAUCUCUCUCAACCAAAUCUAUGGCACGUUCAACUCUGCUGUGCUUAAGAUCCUUCCUUUGCUGCGUGGAUACUCCGAGGCACUCACUAGGGCCAUGGUUCAGUUCUACCUCGAAUCCCAAACCCGCUUCACGCCCCAAAUCCAGCCCCACUACGUUUACUCGCCUCGUGAGCUCACUAGAUGGGUUCGAGGUCUGUAUGAGGCCAUCAAGCCAUUGGAAACCCUUUCUGUUGAAGGCCUGGUCCGCAUUUGGGCGCACGAAGCCCUGCGUCUAUUCCAGGACAGACUCGUGGAUGAAGAUGAGAGAGCUUGGACGGCAGAUGCUGUUCGCCGCAUUGCCUUGGAACAUUUCCCUUCAAUCGAUGAACAAGAAGCAUUGAAGGGUCCUAUCCUGUUCUCCAACUGGCUGUCCAAGAACUACGUGCCUGUCGAACAGGAGAGUCUGCGUGAAUUCGUGAAGGCACGUCUAAGAACCUUCUGCGAAGAAGAGGUGGAUGUUCCGCUUGUGUUGUUCAACGAUGUCCUUGAGCACGCGCUACGCAUCGAUCGAGUCUUCCGCCAGCCUCAAGGUCAUCUCAUUCUUAUCGGUGUGAGUGGAAGUGGAAAGACAACUCUGUCUCGCUUCGUCGCUUGGAUGAAUGGUUUGAAGGUCUUCCAGAUCAAGGUACACGGGAAGUACUCUUCGGAAGAUUUCGAUGACGAUCUUCGCAGCGUUCUUCGCCGGGCAGGAUGCAAAGGCGAAAAGAUUUGCUUUGUCAUGGAUGAAUCAAACGUUCUUGACUCUGGAUUCCUGGAACGCAUGAAUACUUUGCUUGCAAACGCAGAAGUCCCUGGUCUCUUUGAGGGCGACGAAUUCUCCUCAUUGAUGACUGCUUGUAAAGAGGGUGCCCAGCGUCAAGGCUUGCUCCUAGAUUCGCAGGAGGAGCUGUACAAGUGGUUCACCUCGCAAAUCGUUAAGAACCUGCACGUUGUCUUUACCAUGAACCCGCCAGAGGAUGGUCUAUCUUCAAAAGCAGCUACUAGUCCCGCCUUGUUCAAUCGUUGUGUCCUGAACUGGAUGGGUGACUGGUCUGACCAAGCCUUGUUCCAAGUUGGCUCCGAGCUCACUCAAUCGGUCGAUCUAGACAAACCAAACUUCAUCUCGCCUGAUAGCAUCCCAGUAGCAUACCGCGAGUUGACUCUUCCAGCAUCACACAGAGACACUGUUGUCAAUUCCAUGGUGUUUAUUCACCACUCCUUGCAUCGCUUCAAUGGGCGGCUCCACAAGCAACAGGGCCGGACGACUUUCCUCACCCCUCGCCAUUAUCUCGACUUUGUUGCGCAGUAUGUCAAGCUUUUCAACGAGAAGCGCGAGGAUCUCGAGGAGCAACAACGUCACUUGAACAUUGGUCUCGAAAAACUUCAUGACACCGUCGACAAAGUGAGCGACCUUCGAGCUAGUCUCGCACAGAAGAAGACACAAUUGGAGAAGAAGGAUACGGAAGCGAACGAUAAAUUGCAGCGUAUGGUCGCUGAUCAGCAGGAAGCAGAACAGCGGAAGCACGUUUCAUUGGAAGUGCAGGCCGCGUUAGAGAUACAAGAGAAGGAAGUGGCAACUCGGAAAGAAGUCGUGUUGAACGAUUUGGCCCGGGCUGAACCCGCUGUCCUGGAAGCCCAGAAGAGUGUCAGCAACAUUAAGCGUCAACACCUCACGGAAGUUCGGUCCAUGGGUAACCCUCCGGCUAGCGUCCGACUUGCCCUGGAAGCCGUAUGCACACUCCUCGGACACACCGUCGAUAGUUGGAAAACAAUCCAAGGUCUCAUUCGUCGGGAUGAUUUCAUCGCCAGCAUCGUUAACUACGACAAUGAGCGCCAGAUGACGCGCAGACACCGUACUAAGAUGCAGAAUGAAUUCCUGUCGAAGGAAGACUUCACGUAUGAGCGAGUCAACCGUGCCAGUAAGGCCUGCGGUCCUUUGGUGCAAUGGGUUGAAGCCCAGGUCAACUACUCUGCGAUCCUUGAUCGUGUUGGCCCUCUACGUGAAGAGGUGGAUCAACUUGAGGAGCAGGCCCUGCAAACCAAGGCCGAAGCUCAGGCCAUCGAAAAUACCAUCAAUGACCUCGAAACUAGCAUCGCCACCUACAAGGCCGAGUACGCGGCCCUUAUCAGUGAGACGCAGGCAAUCAAGACCGAGAUGAAUCGGGUUCAAUUCAAGGUCGACCGCAGUGUUCGUUUGCUUGAUAGUUUGUCCUCUGAGCGUGGGCGCUGGGAAGAAGGGAGCAAGUCAUUCGAAACUCAGAUCAGCACUCUCGUUGGCGAUGUUCUCAUUGCAGCUGCAUUCCUUGCAUAUGCUGGUCUUUACGAUCAGCAAUUCCGCAAGGCAAUGGCUGAGGACUGGGUCCACCAACUGGCGGCAUCUGGCAUUCAAUUCAAGCCUCACAAUCCCAUAACGGAAUACUUGUCUAAUGCCGAUGAACGCCUGACCUGGCAGAGUCAUUCUCUUCCCGUUGACGAUCUUUGCACAGAGAACGCCAUCAUUCUCAAGAGAUUCAACAGAUACCCGCUUAUUGUUGAUCCAUCUGGCCGUAUUACGGAAUUUUUACAGAAGGAAAGCAAAGAUCGCAAACUCACUGUCACGAGCUUCUUGGACGAUUCCUUUGUCAAGCAAUUGGAGAGCGCGUUGCGUUUCGGAAACCCCAUCCUUAUCCAGGAUGCCGAACAUCUGGACCCAAUUCUCAAUCACGUUCUCAACAAGGAAUACCAGAAAACUGGUGGUCGUGUCCUCAUUCAAUUGGGCAAGCAAGAAAUCGAUUUCUCGCCAUCCUUCAAGCUCUUCCUAUCCACCCGCGAUCCAUCUGCCACAUUCCCGCCGGAUAUUUGCAGUCGUACCACCUUCGUCAACUUCACUGUCACCCAGAGCAGCUUGCAAACACAGUCUUUGAAUGAUGUCCUGAAAUUCGAGCGGCCCGAUGUCGAUGAACGUCGCAACAACCUUGUCAAGAUGCAAGGAGAGUUCAAGGUCCACCUUAGGCAACUCGAGAAGCGUCUUUUGCAGGCUCUCAACGAGUCCCGUGGUAACAUUCUCGAUGAUGACAAUGUCAUUGAAACUCUUGAAACUCUCAAAAAGGAGGCUGCCGAGAUUUCUCUGAAGAUGGAUCAAACCGAAGGUGUUAUGCUCGAGGUGGACAACGUUACGCAGAACUACAGCAUCAUUGCCCGUUCCUGCAGUGCCGUCUUUGCGGUUCUAGAACAACUUCACCACAUCAAUCACUUCUACCAGUUCUCUCUGCAGUAUUUCGUCGAUAUUUUCAACUCUGUUCUCUACCAGAACAAACGCCUUGCUCGGGAGAAGGAUCAUGCUGCGCGUGUCCAGAUUAUUGUUAGGGACUUGUUCAUCAACACCUAUAAGCGAACCUCCCUAGGUCUCGUUCAAAAGGAUCGCAUCACACUUGCCAUUCUGCUUGCUCAAGCUACCCCAUUCCCCAUGGACAGGACCAUUCUCGACCGCGUCCUGGAUGAGACAGUGGAGGACGCGGAUCUUUCAACUUCCGUGGAGGCUCGCGACCAAGUGAUGACGAGGCUGGCCAACAUGUCCCUCUUCAAAGAGCAUAUUCCAAACGUUACCCAAGAACAGUGGGAUCGUUUCUUCGGCGAGGAGCUUGCAGAGAACGUGGUCCCGGUUAUGUGGGACGAGAGUGUGUCGCAACUGGAUCAACUGCUUCGGUCCUUGCUCCUUGUCAAGAUUUGCCGCAUGGACCGAUUUGUUCCCAGUGCCGAGCGUUUCAUCGAGGCGGUGUUCGGCCGCGAGCUGUUCGAGGGUGGUGCCGACCUAAAGGAUGUAGUUGACCAGGUCACUGCAACCAGGCCCAUCGCGCUCAGCUCCAGCCCUGGCUUCGAUGCCAGUUACAAGGUCGACGCUCUUGUUGAAGCCACCCGCGCAACCUGCGCCAACAUUGCCAUGGGUUCUAACGAAGGUCUCGAAAGCGCGGACAAGGCCAUCAGCAACGCAGCUGCAGUCGGUAACUGGGUGCUGGUUAAGAACGUCCACCUGGCGCCUGCUUGGCUGCAAAGUCUCGAGAAGAGGCUGGAUUCUCUCAAACCACACAAGGAAUUCCGUCUUUUCCUAUCCAUGGAGUCCAGCCCUAAGAUCCCUGUCAAUUUGAUCCGGGCCUCGCGUGUGCUGAUGUACGAACAGCCCGCGGGUGUGCGUGCCAACAUGAAGGAUUCCCUCUCUUCGCUGAGUGUGAGAGCCAGCAAGCCUCCAGUCGAAAAGGCCCGUGUCUAUCUCUUACUCUGCUUCUUGCACGCCGUCGUCCAGGAAAGGCUCCGCUAUGCACCAAGCCUUGGAUGGAAGGGCUUCUGGGAGUUCAACGACAGCGACUACGAGUGCUCAGCCCACAUCAUUGACUACUGGGUCGAUUCAGUGUCCCAAGGCCGUUCCAACGUUGCUCCGCAGAAGAUUCCCUGGGAGAUGAUCCGCACUCUUGUCGCAGAGAUGUACGGUGGUAAAAUCGACGACGCAGGCGAUUACCAGCAGCUCGAGAACCUGGUCAAUAGCUUCCUUACACCCGCCGCCUUCGAGGACGGCUACAAGCUCGUCUCGGGUGUAGAGAACGACAAUCUUUUGACGCUGCCGGAGACCACUAGCAUGCGCGAGUUCGUCGUCUGGGUUAACAAUCUGCCGGAGCGUGAACCCCCUACCUACCUGGGUCUCCCUGCCAAUGCCGAGAAGCUCUUGUUGGUCGGCCAUGGCCGUAAGAUGAUUUCUGAUCUCUCGCGGGUUACGACUCUUCUUGAUGAAGGAGAGCAGUUGAUGGUCGAUGCCUGA